UAAUAAAAAAUCUAUGUACAUUUUAGGAAUAACUGUAAUAAUAUCAGUUGUUUAAAUAUUACAAUUUCAUCGUCAGUAACCAAUAUUGUAAUCGAAAUCGGUAUCGUAAGUGUAACUACUGUACAUCUGCAUAUUCGGCAUUCUCUUGUGCUUUGAAUGAUAUCAUUAACGUUUAUAAUUUUGACAAGAGUUUACACGUCGAUAAGCAUUGCUGCUAACAUUCUGUAAUUCUACUUAUUUUAGUUGUUUACCGUUACUUUGCACUCGAAUGAGUUAUCAGAUCGACAGGUUUGUUGUAUUUAGCACUACGAAUUAGUAGAAUAAUGCAACACAAAUGGGAUGCUGAGUACAGCUGCAGAGUGUUUCAAUGAUGUCAAACAGCUUGUGAUCUGAAUUCUAAAUUAUUACUAGAAAAUCCACCGAAUGGACGUCAACUGUAUCGAAGCAUUAGCUAAUCCAUCGGAAGAAGUAAUCGAUAAAUGUAACAAUAACGUAGACGAAUGUAAUGCGGAAUCGAAAAGCUUAACACUCUCAGGAAACCCAACUUCGAUCAACAAUGCUCUUCCAUCGAACGAAUUGGAAAAUCAAACCAAUUCGUCUGAAACGAAAUUCAACGACGUUAAAAUCGAACGCGCCGAUAGCUCUAGUAACAUCUUCGUUGAAAUUCCAGUCAAUAAUAAAAGCAGCGAUAACUAUUCUUCUGAUUCCGAAGAUUCUGUAAUAUUCAGCAAUGACGGCGACGAUGGGUUUUCCACCAAUUCGAAACCAUCUGAGGGCAUCGAUAAACCUAAAGACUUGUUGACAGAAAUUUCAGAUAUUCUAGUAUCGUUAUCGGAUGACGAACGAUUCGUCGAAUGUAUUAAUUUCUCAAACAAUAAUGGUUUCAUUUUACAAAACAAUACGGAGAAGAAAUCGGGAACUCAAGUUGAUAUGAUCUUCACUUACAACGUACUUAAUAUUUUAUUUACCAAGUUGAAGGAGCUUAAAUCGUAUUAUGAAGUCAUACAAACUGAUAAUGAAAAAUUAUUAAAAGAAAAAAGCAGAAAAGAAGCUGAACAUCUUGCUUAUCAAGUUUUAGUGGAAUCACUGCAGAAAACUGUCGAUGAACGAAACGAGCAGUUAUCAAAUAUCAGGGAGAAAUUGGAGCUUGAUAAUGCUACGUGGCAAAAGGAAAAGAAAGAUAUUAGCGAAAAAUAUGAAAAAGAAUUGAAAUCAUUACGAAAAAAGUACGAAUUAGCCAAUAAUGAAAAAAACGAUGCUGUAAUGCGUUACGCAAAGAAUGAAUCAGAACUUAUUAGCAUUAAAGAAGAGAAGGAUAAUUUGCUUAAAAAGAUAAAAAAUUUGCAAAAUGAAAAUCAAGAUCAAAUUAAGAAAUAUAAAUUAUUAAUCAACGAAAAAACGUCACUCACUCAAUCUUUAGAUUCCAAGAAAAAGGAAUUGGCUGCUUCUUUGAAAAAUCUGGAAAAAUGCAGAGAAGAGUUGAACUGCAAAGAUAUAAAAUCUAAAUGGCUGGAAGAAAAUUCGCAAAAAGAACUAAAUCAAGCAAAGGAAAAAAACGAUUUACUUACUUUAAAAAUUACUACACUUGAAAAAGAAUUAUCCAAAUAUAGAUCCGAAUCAACCUGCAGUAGUCAAAAUGCGGACGACAACGAAGAAGAAGCUGUUUUUGCCCUGGAAGCUGAAAAAAUGGAAAAUAACGUGGAAAAUUCCGAUAAAUGCGAAGAAAGAAUUUCACUAAAGGAAAAAGGAAACGUUCUGAUUGAAGAAAAUAAUUCGCUCACUUUGAAAGUACAGAAACUAGAAAAGGAGAGAUUGGAGUAUGAAAAAAAUAUCACGAAUAUGAAACAAACUUGCGAAAGUCAAAACCAAAAAAUAACUAGCUUACAGAACGAUUUGAUAGAAAUGGCUACAUUACGUUCUUCCUUAAAGCAGCUUCAAGAUAGAAUAGAUUCGUAUCAAACAGAAAUCGAUCGUUUGAAAGAAAUCAACGAUGAAUUACGACAAGAUAUGGAAAGCUGUCGAGAACGAGAAGCAGAACUUUUGAAUUUCACUGAAAAACUCACCGCUAAAAAUGUUUCAUUACAGUCUGAUUACGCUACUUUAGAAUCUAAGACAAAUGCUUUAGAAGCGGAACGAGCUCCUAUUGAAAAACGUAUCGCAGAACUCGAAGAUAAAAUCGUCGAACUUUCUGAACAGCUGAAGAAUGAGAUCGAUUCCAGAAACAAUGAUAAUACUCGUUUAACCAAACUAAUUACGGAAAAAACCAAAGAAAUAGAAUCCCUUGCAGCUCAAUUAGAAGAACAACAAGCUGAAAACCAAAGUUUAAAGCAUAAGUACUCUACUACCAUAAGAGAAUUAACCAAAGAAGUGCAGCAGUAUCGUAAAAUGAGGCAAUUCGAUAGUGGAGAAUGCAGCAGCGGUAGCGAUUCGGUUUGCCUUGAAUCGAGAACAAGUUCUUGUAAUUCUUUGAACGAACAACAAGUCACUAAAAUCGAACCAGAUCGUCAAACCCUCAUUGAAAGAAUCGUCAAGUUGCAAAAAGUCAACGCUAAGCAUGUAGAAAAAAUUGAAUUUUUAGAAGAACAUAUCGCUCAAUUACUUACCGAAGUAAAAAAGAAAAGUCGAGUUUUACAACAUUACAUCGUUAGAGAACAAUCCGGAGCUCUAUCAUCCGAUAUGAUGGAUCAAAAUAAGUUGAGAAGGCUUCAGGCUGAAAUGACUAAAUAUGGCGGUAUUAUGGCAUCUAUUUACACCAAUAAAUCUGACGAUGGUAAAAUUCCAUUAGAGCUGAGCGUUGAAAUUAAUCAAAAAUUACAAGCUGUUCUUGAAGAUACUCUACUCAAGAAUAUCACCUUAAAAGAGAACAUAGAAACCUUAGGUAAAGAAAUUGAUAGACUCAACGCUUUAAAUAAAUCCAAACAAAGCUAGUCUUCGUUUUGAAAUUUUUUUCUGUGAUAAAUACCGUAGGUGUAUUACGUUUUUGUAUUAUUUAUUCCACAAUUUUGUUCCAUUUUCCUUGCGAUUGAAUUAAUUGUAGGUACCUAAUUGUAAAAGUUGUGUACUUUUUUCCUAAAAAACUUUUAUUACGGAUAAAUAUCGAUAUUUAAACAUUGUACCUAAUCAAGAAAAUUAACUUAUUAAAUUAUUAUUUCACUUUA